AAGAUAUGAGAGAUUCGGAGGUGGGGUCCAAUCAUCAUACUGCCGAUUCCGCUCCUCUACACCAAUCAAAUAUCAUCCUUUCCCCAAUAUCACUGUUCACCAAUGUCCCUAUACCAACUCCUGCGUCGCACAUGAUUAUUCCCCAACAAGCCCAAAUAUACGUCACCAAUUUCUAUGCUCUAAGCAUCAAGACUCCAUCAAAAGCCCCUCCCUCUCUCUCUCUCUCUCUCUCAUCAGUAAACCUAGAACUACAUUCCACAGCCCUCUCUCUCUCUCUUUCUCUCUCUGGAACUUCCAACUAUUCAACUAUGAAGAAGCUUUACCGGAAAGGUACGGUGCACCCAACCCCGUCAGUGGUUUCGGACCACCUCCUCUCUUUUUUGCCCGCGGCGAUAUUGACCUUGACUGCUGCUCUAUCGCCCGGAGACAGGGAAGUUUUAGCUUACCUUAUAUCUUGCUCCUCUGCAAACUUUUCUAAUAACAACCGCAAGACCACCCAGAAAACCGCCGCAGCAGGUGGUUCCAAGGGCGGCGAUGACCACCCGCCCUGCUUUACCUGCAACUGCUUCCGGUGCUAUAUGAGCUAUUGGGUGAAGUGGGAUUCAUCACCGAACCGCCAGCUUAUACACGAGAUAAUAGAUGCUUUUGAAGAUAGUCUUUUGAAGGAGAGCAAGAAAGAGAAGAACAAGAGGGAGAGGAGGAAGGGAAAAAUGGUCAAAGAUAAUAUUAGUCUUGGGUUGGAUGAGCCCAAGAAGUCUGAACUGAGUCUGACGAAGGAUGACUCUAAUUUUGUCGAGUCAAACAUGGCGGCGGAGAGUGCCGGUGAGACUGGCGGUGGUGGCGGCUGCGGAGAUGAAGAAGAUAAUGUGCAGGAGGAAGAAUUGGAGGAGAAGGGGUCGGUGAGGAGGUUUGUGAGUUUUCUUGGGGAGAGAAUAUGGAGUGUCUGGGGUUGAUGAAAUAGGAGGAAAACAUGGGGCAAAAGAAAGGUUUGUUUAGUUUUACUGUUUGCUUAUACAAUCGAAGCAAAUUUCAUUUUUGUAGCAAUUAUAUCUGUUUUGGCAUGUAGAACACCCCAUCUACAUUGUAAAUUAUGGGUAGUUUUCUAUUCUAUCAUCAAUCCUCCAUUAAUUUCAUCAAUUUUCUGAUUCUUGGUUGUAUUUCCAUUUUUAUUUGAGUUUUUAGCUGAUAGCAGCAGCAGCCAAAUUUA